AGAUGGUGCCCUGGUCGUGCCUUGGUGUGUUUCGUGUUAGUUUAUUUUAGGAGCAACAAAGAAUUUGAACUGUGUUUUAAUAUCAAUCACAACGGGAGUGAAUCCUAAAUGUUUUUAAGACGGUUAGUUAUGCAAUGGAGAUGAUAAACCAGUGCCACUGCUGCUUGCGGCGGCCUCCAACGAAGGAUAUGAAGACGCCGUACACCCGCCUCGGAAUAAUGGAGAUAUAUUCGGUCAUGUUAGAAGAAUGCUUUGCAAUUGAUGUAACUGUGGGCAAUGAUGGUAAGAGUGGGAUCUGCGAGAACUGCGUGGGCCGGCUGCGGGAAGCAUGCCACUUCAAGCUGCUAGUGCAGCACAGCCAGGCCAAGCUGCGCAGGGGUUUGGAGUCAAAAAAUCAUGUCAAAGACGAGCAACCCCCAGUUGUGCUGACUGAAGAAGGAACAUGUGAAAAGACCUCUCUACAUGAAGAGUUAAUCAUCAAGUCCGAAGGUGAAGAUACCGACGCGGCCAAUGACGAGAAAUGCAUGUCACAUGAAAAGUUAACCAUCAAGUCCGAGUGCGAGGGGUCGGACGCGGCUGAUGACGAGGGCUGCACGUCACCGUCGGGCGGUGAAGCCUGCAAGGAGACGGAGGCGGCGUGGCCCGUGUCCGCCCGCGCGCGGGAACAGCUCGCGCAGGCUUGCUGCGUGAGGCUCGAGCGCCUCCGCGACUCCCCGCGCGCGAGCCAGCCGUGUCCCGCGACACCACACCGCGCGCCGAGCCCCGCCCGCAGCGUGCAGGACGCGCCUCACACACCCGCCGUCAGCGCCGACCCACAACCCUACACCUGCGACAUUUGCGAACGACAAUUUAGUUUUAAGUCUAGUUUGUCCAUACACGUAUUAACAACACACCAGAAAUCUUUUUCUUGCGGAUGUUGUUCGAAAAAUUUUUCCACUUAUGUUGCUUAUUGUCGGCACAGAAAAACUCACAAGGAGUUUAUUUGUAACAUAUGUAAAAAGGUACUGUCGAGUUACCAUGCAUUAGUUAUCCAUAAGCGUACACAUACUGGAGAAAAACCUUAUUUAUGUAAAUAUUGCGACCAGCGGUUUGCUCAUGUAGCUGCUUUAAAUGCACAUAUGACUCGGCACACCGGAAUAAAAUUUAACUGUAAAAUAUGUAACGAGAACUUUUCGACUUUAGGCACAUUAAAGAGACAUCAUCAACGAAGACACACUGAAGAAAAGACAUUCAGUUGUGAAGAAUGCCACAAGGGAUUCAGCACUAAAGAUUAUUUAAAAGUACAUGAACGAAUUCAUUUGAAAGAGAAACCCUACGCCUGCGAAGUUUGUGGUAAGGGGUUUAUACGAAUGUGUUAUCUGAACACGCAUAAAGAAAUACAUACAAAUCGACAGAAAUGUUUUUCUUGUAAAGUGUGUAAUAAAAAGUACCUAAGUAAGGAUCAUUUACGAAAACAUUCCUUAGUUCACACAAGGCCUGACGCCUUCGCCUGCGGUCUAUGUCCCAAGCGGUUUCAUGAGAAUUAUCUCUUGGAUUGGCACAUGCGCAUUCAUAACGGACAAAGACCGUAUUGUUGUAAAAUUUGUUCUAAAAACUUUAUUCUAUUACGUCAUCUGAGAUACCAUAAACGGAGAUAUCACGAAAAGAAAGCCUAUAUCUGUGAUUAUUGUAAUAAGCAGAUUUUUAGCAAGACGAAUCUGAUAUCUCAUAUAAAAUUACACAUGGGGCAAAGAGAUUAUGCUUGUGAAUCGUGUCCUAAAAAGUUCGCAAGCCCACACUAUUUACAGAAGCACAAAAAGAUUCACUCAUCGGUCAUUUCAUACACUUGUGACAUAUGCCAUCAGCAGUAUCGACAUAAGCAGAAUUUGAUCUGGCACAUCAGGUUACAUACGGGUGAGAGACCCUAUUCUUGCGAUUUUUGUAGCAAAAAGUUCGUGUCUGCCUCACUUAGGAAUAUUCACGAAAAAACUCACAUGGGCCUUUAUGUAAAGCGCCGCCGCGCCGGCGAUCGCGCGGACGAUCAUUUGUGACACUUGUCUAACGGUCCUCAGACUUGAUUAAUUGAUUAUGAUAUUAGAUAGUAGAUAGGUAGAUUAAAUUUGGUCCUAUAAUAUGAUCAUGGCUGAUGACAACCAACAACCUGACAGAAGGACGCACGACGUAACAUUAUGUGACAGGGACAACAUAAUAAAUCAUUAUCAAUGCUAGAAUUUAGUCUAUAAAUGUUAUACUAUAAAACGAUGUCUAUAACACGAGUACCUAUAGUGCAAAGGUGCGGCGCCAUGUAUUCGAGCAUACAUUUUCGUGAUUUUUCGAGGCACGUUUUUUACUUAUCUUAUACAGAGUUACUGCCAAAGCGCUCAUUGUCAAGGCUAUAGUAAUAGUGAACGAAGACUCCGCCAAAAUAGAUAUAUUUAAAUUUAACUGCACUCCGAGUGAAUUCACAAUGGUAACAAGCCGGCGAUGUUAUCUGCCAAAUAUUUAGUUAUAAAUCUGUUUUACUGUAAUAUUUUUAAGUGUGUUGUUAUCUAUUAAUUAUUUGUCUUCCUUUAUGUAAUACAUAUCACGUAUUGGAUUACUCUGUAAAGUGGUAUUGUUUAGUUGAUUAUAAAAAAAAACUAAAUAAAAAAAAUACUACAUUAUAUUUGGUGUAGCGAAUAAAAUCGAGCAUUGCAUUUGAACUAUUUAAAGCCCCACGCGUACACGUAUAUGAAGUUUUGUCAUAGAAUGUUUGAGAACCUACUUCAUGUCAACCACCAAGAAAAUAAACAUUUUUUAG